AUGGGAGAAAAAAAUGGUGAUGCAAAAACUUUCUGGAUGGAGCUGGAAGAUGAUGGGAAAGUGGAUUUCAUAUUUGAACAAGUGCAAAAUGUGCUGCAGUCACUGAAACAAAAGAUCAAAGAUGGGUCUGCCACAAAUAAAGAAUACAUCCAAGCAAUGAUUCUAGUAAAAGAUGCAACUAUAAACCACAAUUCAACAUUGAUAAAGGAUCAUACAUCUGUGACCCAGAAUGCAGAAGAAAACAAAUUAAGUUCAUUGCCCUCGACAUCAUAUGAAGACGUCUUUCCAAAAGACUGCACCUAUCUAUCUACAGAAAACCAAGAAAUUCCCCUUAUGGAAAGUAAAGAUGCAGACUUUAGAGAAAAAGAAUCUUCUUUAAAUUUAUCUUACCAAAAGCAUGAGUGCUCUGGCACCUGUCUGAUGAAAAUGCCAUUUACCUUCAAGGGGGAAAACCCUCUGCAGCUACCAGUCAAAUGCCAUUUCCAAAGACGACACGCAAAGACAAACUCUCAUUCUUCAGCACUCCACGUGAGUUAUAAAACCCCUUGUGGAAGGAGUCUACGAAACAUGGAGGAAGUUUUUCGUUACCUGCUUGAGACAGAGUGUAACUUUCUAUUUACAGAUAACUUUUCUUUCAAUACCUAUGUUCAGUUGACUCGGAAUUACCCAAAGGAAGAAGAAAUUGUUUCUGAUGUGGAUAUUAGCAAUGGAGUGGAAUCGGUGCCCAUUUCUUUCUGUAAUGAAAUUGACAAUAGAAAACUUCCACAGUUUAAAUACAGAAAGACUAUGUGGCCACGAGCAUAUUAUCUAAACAGCUUUUCCAACAUGUUUACUGAUUCAUGUGACUGUUCUGAGGGCUGCGUAGACAUAACAAAAUGUGCAUGUCUUCAACUGACAGCAAGGAAUGCCAAGACUUGCCCCUUGUCAAGUAAUAAAAUAACCACUGGAUAUAAAUAUAAAAGACUAGAGAGACAGAUACCUACUGGCAUUUAUGAAUGCAGCCUGUUAUGCAAGUGUGAUCGACGAAUGUGUCAAAACCGAGUUGUCCAGCACGGACCUCAAGUGAGGCUACAAGUGUUCAAAACUGAGAAGAAGGGAUGGGGAGUGCGCUGUCUAGAUGACAUUGACAGAGGGACGUUUGUUUGCAUUUAUUCAGGAAGAUUACUAAGCAGAUCUGACACUGAGAAACCUGAUGCUAUUGAUGAAAAUGGAAAAGAAGAGAAUAUUAUGAAAAAUAUGUUUUCCAAAAAGAGGAAAAUAGAAGUUGCAGAUUGUGAGGUUGAAGUUAUCCCAAUAGAACUGGAAGCACGUCCGAGAAGUAUGGAGACUCAGGAGUAUCCACCUAAGUUCCAUAAUAAUACCAAAGAGCCUAUUAUAGGAAUGAAAUAUAACAGCAUUGCAAGAAUUCGAUAUCAUUCAGUCAUUAGAAGUCCUAAAACCAAGACGGUCAUUAUUCAACACAAUGGGAAAAAUAUGGGAUUUACUUCCUCAGAGGCUGUCACCUCAGAAGAUAAUGGGGAACUUAAUCCAGCUCAAGUACAUCUGAACUCUAAAGCCAAGGAAAUGAGAAGUGUCUUCCAGGUUGCAGAAAGGUUGCAAAAAAGGAUAUGCGCGCUCUGCCCCAAAGACCUCGAGUGUAGUGUCCUGUACUUUGCACAGUCAGAGAAUAUAGCUGCUCAUGAAAACUGUUUGCUGUAUUCCUCUGCACUUGUGGAAUGUGAGGACUAUGAUCCAUCUAAUAAUGAUAGAAAUUUUGAUGUGGAAUCAGUAAAGAAAGAAAUCAAGAGAGGAAGGAAGUUGAAAUGCACGUUUUGUGGGAAAAAAGGAGCCACCGUGGGAUGUGACUUAAAAUCCUGUUUCAAGAAUUACCACUUUUUCUGUGCCAAGAAUGACCAUGCAGUUCUGCAAGCUGAUGGACGUACAGGAAUUUAUAAAGUGUUUUGCCAACAACAUGCUGACCCUCAAAAUGAUCUACCAUUGAUGAAGCCUUUGUCUGGUGUCUUCCAUUCUCACUACAGUGAGCAGACCAAACCAAGACACGGAGUGAAAAGAAAAAGAGGAAGAAGUAAACGUCAUCAUGUACAGCCACCUGAGAGAAUGGCAUUGAAGAAGGAGAAGGACGGCAGACACACAGACGCAAUUGUGAAAGCUGCUUUUCUCAAGAAAUGUAAAGAAGCAGGGCUUCUUGAUGCUUUAUUUGAAGAAAUAUUAGACAAACUUCAUUUGAUUCAGGAAAGACUCAUGGAUGAGACCACUGCAGAAUCAGACUAUGAGGAAAUCGGGACUUCACUUUUUGACUGUAGAUUGUUUGAAGACACACUUGUAAACUUUCAAGCAGCAGUAGAGAAUCACAUUCACGAAUCUGAAGAGAGGCGACGGCAGCUGAAGGAAGAGAUUGAGCUGCUCCAGGACUUAAAACAAACCUUGUGCUCUGGGCUUCAGUCAAGUUCCACUUCAGAUUCUUCUCUGUCUUCUUAAGAAGGGCCAUUUCCUGAGCCAGGAAUCGAGCACAGCUGCAGACAGGGUGAAAGCUGGUGAGCGGCCUGUGAAGCCACACACCUUCAGCCCCGGGCCCGCGGGGCAUCUCGGGCCCUGCCCGCUCUUACCUGUUCUUGCUGAUGGGCCUCUGAAGCCCAUCCGCCUCCCCUCCUUACUGUCAUCUCACUUCUACCUCUCUCCCACUAGUAAAAUAUUCCUCAGAGUCUACUCGAGUAAAUUAGACCAUGCGUCCCAUGGCUCUUAAAAUCCCCUUAGUGGCCUCCUCCCCUUCCCCACUCCAGUGAGCGAAGUGGCUGCCAGGUGCUCCCGCCCCAGGGCCUUUGCACAUUCCGCUGUGAGGUCUUCACCGAGAUCGUCCUUUCUCCUCCCUUCUCUUCUCGGUACAAGCCACUGUAUCGCACAUCAGACCACUGGAGUGUAAGCAGCCUGUGGGCAGAAACUCCCAUUCCUGUUUUCCUCCCUGUCACGUUUCCAGCAGCUAGCAUGCUCA